CUGCCUAUAGUUGCUCGCACCAUGGCUAUGAACAGAGGCUUCUACACCAACCAGAUCCGCGCCCGCAUGGACGAUGCGCUCACGGGACGUAGACAUCAUGAGCUCACGGAGGACAUGCAUCCGCCAUGGUCCCUGCAGAGCAUGAAGAACGCGCCUUUCCCAGUCAUUCGUGUGGCUGGUAUCGGGCGUGUGACUGGCCAAGAUGGGUCAGUACGUGAAAAUAAUGGGGUGGACGAACCUCGAGAGUUCGAUGCGGCGCAGGUUGAGAUUGAAGAUGCCGGAGCCUGGAACGCGCUCGAACAAGUGAUUCUCCAGUGGGCACGCGAUGAGAUGAGACUCACCGGGAGGGUGCUAGAGAUCAGGUUACAGAAGCUUUGUUUGUACACUUCCGACUCCAGCGAGCUGUCGCUGAGUGGGGACAGGCGGAACUGCACGUCAGCCACUAUUGUGGUCCUUCUUCCCGCCAGCGCAGCCCGAAGGGGGUCGUGGCAGUUAUGGCACGAUACUAGGCAAAAACACUAUACCGUGCCGUGCUCUGAGGACACCGAGGUCAUCACGUGGCGUGUUGACGUCUCCAGCAAAUUAAAGCCGGUCACGGAAGGACGUCGUGUCGCGCUGUGGUACGAUGUGGUACACGCUGAGCGUGACCCUCUUGCAGGUUUAGGCGUGGAUCGCAUGCUCAACGCGGUGCGUGGAGUGAUGCAUGAUUGGAGGGAAGCGAGUGAAAGCAACAGAGGGCCAGGCAAACUGGUGUAUCUCCUCCAGGACCGCUUAAAGUCUGCCCCUCAGGGCAUCGCGUCUCUCUGUGGAAUGGAUGCUCACAAAGUAUCCCUGAUUUGUAGG